GUCCUAAAUCUCUCCCUGUUCAACCUAGAGAAAUUGCUGGAUGCGGCUGGUUGGUUCGGAUGAAUUCAAACACCAAUCAUUGCCUUCCCGCCGGUUGAAUUUCCCCCACUGUCUCAGUCACAGCCAAGGCUGUCACAUGCUUCUGCUACUUCUGUUCUUCCCUCUUCUUCUCCCAUUCAUUCUCUUGUCCCUCCCUUUGCAUCUGCCGGGUACAACCCAACAGAAUUCAUAGUUUCAUUUCAACAAUGGAUCGUGGCCUCUCAACAGGCUCUAAUCUGGGUGAGCACGCGCUACGCGAGAGAACUGUAGCCGUCUCUCAGCCCGAUCCAAUGGCAAAGUCCGAGGCCCUCACGGCUACUGGCGAGGUUGAGGCCAAGGAUGAUGCACAGAAGGACAAAAAGACCUUCGGCCGCACCCCUGGUGGUACAGUGUUCACGGUGCCUCAGACCCAUGAUAUGGUCUCUCAACUCUUGUCUCCUUCAGAACCCAAAAACCUUUCUGAUGUCCUUGUUCUUCUCAUUCUGGGUGCUCAUAUUUUCCUAUUACGGCAACUCCCCCAAGGUGCAAAAGUCCCAGUGUUUGCUGUCGUCUAUCUCUUUUGGCGGGCGGCAUACAACAUUGGCAUCGGAUGGCUUCUACACAAUCAGUCUCACCACAACACACUUGUUCGGUGGGCCGAACAGACCAAAAUCUUUGUGAACCCGUCCACGAACCAGAAUCCCCAUCCUAACCUGUAUAAACUAAUCAAGCGCGAACUGGAAACUAAGGUCCCUGUCGAUUAUUCGUUCGACGAGGCUCCGCUCGAGUACAAUACUUGGCUCGUCUUUCGUCGCCUCGUGGACCUUAUUCUCAUGUGUGACUUUACGUCAUACUGCCUUUUUGCCAUAGCAUGUAGCCAUCACCCCGUUGAUGAGGGUGUUCUGAUGACUAUUGUGCGCUGGGCAUCUGGUAUCGCGUUAGUGCUGUUCAACCUCUGGGUUAAACUAGAUGCUCAUCGCGUGGUGAAAGAUUUUGCGUGGUACUGGGGAGAUUUCUUCUUUCUCAUUGACCAAGAGUUGACGUUCGACGGUGUCUUCGAGAUGGCUCCUCAUCCGAUGUACUCCGUCGGGUACGCCGGAUACUACGGCAUUUCGUUGAUGGCAGCAAGCUACAAAGUGCUGUUCAUCUCCAUCCUCGCCCAUGCAGCUCAAUUUGCGUUCUUGGUAUUUGUCGAGAAUCCGCAUAUCGACAAGACGUACAAUCCUCCUCCUCCGCGCAAGCGUAUGACGGAGCAAGAUUUUGUAUCCACAUCGUCCCAGGCCAGCGAGCCUUCUGUUGCCUCAUCACCGGUUGAUGAGCAGCUGCCCCAUGCGACAAACUACCCAACAAGCAACCCUCCUCCAUCGGUCCACAGUUUACUAGGGCUCCACAACUUGGACCUGCAUCGGAUAACAGAUAGCUCGUCCUUGCUGGUCCAGUUCCUUGUAUUCGCCCUGACCGUCCUGACGCCGUCUACACCUCGCUAUCAAUUCAUUUUCGUGGCCAAUGCAGCAAUCUGGAGACUCUGGUUCUCCGUCGGUACCGGGUACCUCCUUAUCCGUCAAUCAAACUGUAAAGCAUGGACUCGACAUUUCGUCAAGUAUGGCGAGACCCCCCACGAAGCUUGGAAUCAGUGGAAGGGCACGUACCAUCUGAGCAUGAUAAUGUGCUAUGCGAGCUUCAUUGCCGCCGUGUGGAAGAUGUACACCUUUCCUGCUGACUGGGGCUACGGUUUGGUCUUGCUCCGACAUGUCCUGGGCGUAGGGCUUAUCUGCCUGCAGACAUGGACCUCGGUCAGCAUUUACGAAUCGCUGGGCGAGUUCGGCUGGUUCUACGGUGAUUUCUUCUUCCAGGGAUCUCACAAAUUGACGUAUAAUGGCAUCUACCGCUUCCUGAACAACCCUGAACGUGUUUUGGGUCUGGCAGGUGUCUGGGGUGCUGUUCUGAUAACAAGUAGCGGAGCAAUCAUUUUCCUCGCGCUAAUAAGUCACGUCUUAAGCAUGGCUUUCAUUCAAUUUGUUGAGCGUCCUCACAUGCAAAAGCUCUAUGGCCAAAGCUUGCGACAAGAUGCGGGGCUUGUUAAGAGCCUCAAGCGAUCCCUGCCCCCUUCGCUCCGCCAACUGCAUGGUAGCGUGGAUAAGAUCGUGGACGAAUCAUUCGAGUUCAUCGAAGAGCUAAUCGAUACGGCGCGCCCUAAGCUUGCCGCCGGUGUUAACACCUUCGUGAAAGAUACCACUGCACUCUUUCAGACGUAUCCCGCCCGUGUUACCAUCUCCCGCAUUGACGAAGAUCUUGCAGGAUAUGAUUCGCGGGAUUACUCGUUGGUGGUUGAGGGCACUCUAUCGUCCUCUGUGGAUGCGAUCGACCCGUAUAGUGGUAGGGAAGGUGCUGACGCGCGUGUGCCCCUGGACAGACGAGGCGAUCUCAGAAACCUGGUAUUUGAAUACGGUGCACCGAUCAAAGUCCGAUGGACGGCUCCUCUGAACCACAGCAAGAAGGACUGGAUCGGUCUCUACCGUGUCACUGACAACACCUCACGUGAGGUUACGCGGGUUUCUUCCCAAGGCAGAUGGAUCGCGACGAACGCCGGUGUCUACGAUAACCUGACCUGCGAGAAAGGCAUUGUGACGACUGAUGUCAGGGUACCAGGCUUCCAGCGUUCGGAUGGUGACACAGACGACGUCUUCAGGGGUGAAGUCGUCUUCACAGGUGACAAGCUCUUCUGGACCCAGGGUGCCUUCGAGUUCCGCUACCACCACAAUGGCAAGCACAACGUGAUGGCCAUCUCGCGACCCUUCGAGAUCCGCGCUGCUCGGUUUGACGAGGAGGAUAUCUUGGAGAGCAACCCGGAGGACCUUCAAGCGGCUGUCGAGCUGAAACUAUUGCCCGUAAUCCGCAACUGCCUGGAUCAGGACCCGGAAAUCGCACCCGAGACGGUGGAUGAGCAAUUCGGCAGCCAGGUGGAACGAAAUGGCAAGUAUGCCAAACGAGUUGUCUUCGCCGUACAUCAGAUGUUUGGCGUGGAAUUCGCGCCCGAAGUCGUUCGCGCCGAUGGAACGGUCCGCAAUCUCGCGUGGAGGAUAUGUAACGCCAAGCGAGUUCUGGCUCCUUACAGCAUGACGAGCAACGGCACUUCGACUCCAAGUGAAACCCCCGGAAAAGGCGAGGUUGUUGUGGCAUGAGAUUGCUUCGAAGCUUAAUCAAAUAUAUAUCCAUCCCCAUUUCACAUUGCCAACAUCGACGGACAUGUCGAGUAACCACAGUCCCGACUUCGUCGCACUGCUCAUACACUUUUUUUCCACUCGGUCACACGAACGCAUAACACAAAACACACCCAGAUAGAAAGGAAGACAGGCAAGUAUACACUGUGAAACCAGACUCAAAAGCUCUUACUAUGACAUGGCCGAGGCGACAUUCUUCGCAGGGAUACACUCCUCAGCUAGCUCUACGUGUACAUAUGCUUUUUACCUUGGGAUACCAUACAUACGCAUAUUGCUUGGG